GCAGCUUCUGUACAUAGCAACCAGUGCUAUUGUACUCAGUCAUGGCAGUGGCAGAUUGGAGUGAUUGCUGUAUUUUUCAGUUGGAUUGCACUUAUAUUCACUAUCAGAAGGCUGCCUAUAUUUGGAAUAUAUGUGGUUAUGUAUCUGGCAAUUUUUUAUAAUCUAGUUAGGAAGGUUAUUGUCCUUGCCUUAUUAUUGGUCUUUGCAUUUGCAUUUCCUUUUUACAUGAUUUUUUAUGAUGCUCAAGACAUAUCAGAAGGAAUACGUACUCCAUUUAACACUCCAUGGAGGACUGUUUAUAAGACGAUGACAAUGGCAGCAGGACAUCUAAGGAUAGAUUCGUUAUUGCACCAAGAUAACCAACCUAAUUUACCUGAUGUACAGUAUCCAGUGGCUGCAUUUUCACUAUUAAUUCUAUUUGUAGUUUUGAUGCCGAUCUUAUUCCUUAAUCUACUGACUAGUUUAGCUGUUGGCGAUAUAGUUCAAGAGAUAGAAAAAAAAUCUGAUACAUACCGACUACGUUUAAGAUUGGAGUUUACUCUACCUAUGGAGAAUUUUCUGCACUCAAUAUUUACAUUUGCUGAAAAAAGAAAACUUUUGCCUAUGAAUUUGUUGGAAUCAUGGAAAAAGAAACUAAUAAUUGCUGUUGACAAAGAAACAGUAAUUCAUCCAAACUCUAACAAGCAAAACAGUUUUAUUAAACAGAUGAUUGGCUAUACUGAUCAUUUCAAGACUGAAGCAACUAAUACAACUGAGCCUCUAGCAACUAAAGUUGAUGUUAAAAAUCAGAUCAAGCCAUUAUCUGAGGAGGUGAAAGAAUUACACAAUUCAGUGGAUCAGUUGCUAUCUAUAGUUAAAAGCAUAAGGAAUGACAGUCCGGGAAGACUUAACAUUUAAUGUUGAAUUAUUAAAAGUUAUGACUGAAUGAAUGUUGUGUGAUAUUCCUUUUUAUAUUUUUUGAAUGCUGAAUCCUUUUUUGUGUGUUAUUUUUAGCUUGUUUUUUAACGAUUUCUUUUUGUUUU